AUGGCCAGUCCAGGGCUAAACAUUGGGCGGAAGCUGGCAGAGAAGGACGAGGAGAUGGAACAGGCCAAACGCAAUCACCAGCGGGUGGUGGACUCGCUGCAGACUUCCCUGGACGCAGAGGCACGCAGCCGCAACGAGGCCCUGAGGGUGAAGAAGAAGAUGGAAGGAGACCUCAAUGAGAUGGAGAUCCAGCUCAGCCAUGCCAACCGCAUGGCCGCUGAGGCCCAGAAGCAAGUCAAGAGCUUGCAGAGCUUGCUGAAGGACACCCAGAUCCAGCUGGACGACGCAGUCCGCGCCAACGACGAUCUAAAGGAGAACAUUGCCAUUGUGGAGCGGCGCAACAACCUGCUGCAGGCUGAGCUGGAGGAGCUGCGUGCCAUGGUGGAGCAGACAGAGCGGUCUCGGAAGCUGGCAGAGCAGGAGCUGAUUGAGACCAGCGAGCGGGUGCAGCUGCUGCAUUCCCAGAACACCAGCCUCAUCAACCAGAAGAAGAAGAUGGAGUCAGACCUGACCCAACUCCAGUCAGAAGUGGAGGAGGCGGUACAGGAGUGCAGGAAUGCUGAGGAGAAGGCCAAGAAGGCCAUCACGGAUGCCGCCAUGAUGGCAGAGGAGCUGAAGAAGGAGCAGGACACCAGCGCCCACCUGGAGCGCAUGAAGAAGAACAUGGAGCAGACUAUUAAGGACCUGCAGCACCGGCUGGACGAGGCCGAGCAGAUCGCCCUCAAGGGCGGCAAGAAGCAGCUGCAGAAGCUGGAAGCACGAGUGCGGGAGCUGGAGGGUGAGCUGGAGGCCGAGCAGAAGCGCAACUCAGAGUCGGUGAAGGGCAUGAGGAAGAGCGAGCGGCGCAUCAAGGAGCUCACCUACCAGACAGAGGAAGACAAAAAGAACCUGCUGCGGCUGCAGGACCUGGUGGACAAGCUGCAACUGAAGGUCAAGGCCUACAAGCGCCAGGCCGAGGAGGCGGAGGAGCAAGCCAACACCAACCUGUCCAAGUUCCGCAAGGUGCAGCACGAGCUGGAUGAGGCAGAGGAGCGGGCAGACAUCGCUGAGUCCCAGGUCAACAAACUUCGAGCCAAGAGCCGAGACAUUGGCGCCAAGCAAAAAAUGCAUGACGAAGAGUGACACUGCCUCAGGAACCUCACUCUUGCCAACCUAUAAUAAAUAUGAGUGCCAAACUCUG